AUGGUAGAAUCAGCAUAAACUUUCGAUAAAUUGCCCUCAGUUCAAUAAUUGGUGAAUCAUUACAACACAACAUUAAGUCAGACACAUCUUAGAGAGCUGCUUAAUGAUGAAAAUAGAAAUCAACAUUUAAGAGCAAGCUUGUAAAACCAAGAUGGCAGUGAAGUUAUUCUAGAUUUGACACACGUUAAAGUAGAUGAGGCAGCAGUCAAACUUCUACACCAAGUGACCUCAGACGUUUAGCUUCAUGAAAAGAUUGAGGGUAUGUUCACAGGUUAGAAGCUAAACAAUACGGAAAAGAGAUCAGUCCUUCAUGUUGCAUUAAGAAUGAGAGAAGAUGAAACUUUAAUAGUUCCAGACUCAACUGAGGGAGAUGCAGUCAAGAAUGUUCAUGAAGUACUCAAGAGAAUUCAUGCUUUUUCAGAACUAGUUAGAUCUGGCUAAGUCAAAGGAUAUUCUGGCAAGACUCUAAAAAAUACUCUAAUCCUUGGUAUUGGUGGUAGUUAUCUUGGGCCUGAGUUCGUAUUUGAAGCAUUAAGGCAAGAUGCUUCAUCAAAAUAGGCAGCUGAUGGCAGAUAACUUAAAUUCUUAGCUAAUGUUGAUCCAAUUGACUUCAACAGAGCAAUUUAAGGUCUUGAUAUUGAGGAGACUUUGGUUGUUAUUAACAGCAAAACAUUCACUACAGCUGAAACAAUUUUGAAUGCAGUUACUGUGAAGAACUAUAUUAUCAACCAUUACAAAAACCUACACCCAGAUGUUGAAGAUACUCAGUCAUUUGUCUAGGCUCAUUUCUGUGCAGUAUCAACAAACCUACCUCUAACAUCAUAGUUCGGUGUGGCUGACGAUAGAGUUUUUGGUUUUUGGGAUUGGGUUGGAGGACGAUUCUCAGUUUGCUCUGCUGUUGGUGUGCUUCCCUUAUCCUUACACUAUGGAUAUGAAAAUGUUAGAGAUUUCCUGAGCGGAGUUAAAUCUAUUGAUGAUCAUUUCAGAAAUACUCAUGAUCUUUCAUAGAACUUGCCAGUUCUACUUGGGCUUUAUGGAUUCUACAACACUCAUGUUGCUGGCCAUAAUACUAGAUCUAUUCUCCCAUAUUGCUAAUCAUUACUUAAAUUCCCAGCUCACAUCCAACAAUUAGAUAUGGAAAGUAAUGGAAAAAGUGUGACUAAAGAGGGAGUCAGAUUUACUGAUGGAGCUCAAGCAGGUCCUAUCAUUUUUGGAGAACCAGGUACAAAUGGAUAACAUAGUUUUUACCAAUUGAUGCACUAAGGUAGAGUGAUUCCAGCUGAGUUCAUUGGAUUCUCAUAAUCUUAAACCCCUAUUCACAUCGAUGGCUAUCCUGUCUCAAAUCAUAAUGAGCUAAUGUCAAAUUUCUUUGCUCAACCUGAUGCCCUUGCUCUCGGAAAAACUCUGGAGCAAUUAAAGGCUGAAGGUGUCCCAGAGUUUCUUUAUUAGCAUAAAUUAUUCACAGGUGACAGACCCUCAUUGUCUAUACUUUUCACUGGAAAACUAACAGCAUUUGCAUGCGGUUAAUUGCUUGGACUUUACGAGCAUAGAGUUGCCGUUGAAGGAUUUAUAUAUGGAAUCAAUUCAUUUGAUCAAUGGGGAGUUGAGUUAGGAAAAGUACUUGCCAAAGAUGUAAGAAAUGUAUUCGCUGAUAAAGAAAAGGGUCAGGAUGUAGAUGUCAAGUCAAAAUUUAACCCAGCUACAGCAUAUCUCCUAGAAAAGUAUCUCGAAAAGAUGUGA